UGCAGAUCUUUUAAACCAGGUUGUCUUUGUCCAUUUCCGAAUAUUAAUUAAAUCCUCUGCCAAAACGACUUUUAGAAAAAUUACAAUUGGCAAGAACAAACAAACAAAUCAAAACGCACUUCAUCUCCUUGUUCUACUUCUCUUCUGCGCAGCGCUUUGCCCACCGAGAGGGAAAAAACCCUCUCCAAGCUUGAUGGUCUCUCCAAGAUUACCCUAUCAGGUGCAAACCGCUGACAUGUUUCCACCCACCAACAACAAAAAAGCCUCUCUGUGCCCAAAUCUCAAGCCACAGACGCACAAACACCACUGACAGGCACUGCUGCGCCAUCAUCAGCCCCCAAAAAACCUCUCCAGGGAUCCGCUGCUGCCGCUGCCGCUGCGAUUUCCACACAAAAACAUAACUUUUUUGUAUGCUUGGAUAAGUUUGUUUGCCCACUUUUAGCGACUUGUUUUUGGUGGAAGGGCGUUUUAUUAUCCUCCGCUUUUACUUUUUCCCCCUCCUCCGCAGCACUUGGUAGAAUAAAAUGACCCAUGCAAGGUGUGUAAAUCCCCCGCAGGUACGGACGGAGCUGAGGAGCUUGUGAUCUCUGGAGCAGCAGGAUUGGGAUUGCGGGACAGCUCGGUUAGAGUAUAGGUGCGCAAAACUCGAAGGAUAUUUUUUAAACGAGGGGAUUUUUUUUGAAGAGGUCGAACACUGAAUCCUUUGCACGCUUGGCACCGAUUUACGGAGACGUUGCGGGAUUUCGAGGAGCAGAGGAGACUGAUGCUGAGAAAAAUAAUAAUCUGGAUAAUUCCUCCCCAACAAGGAAGCACCUAAUGUUGCACUCCGUGACUCUGCUACUGCUCUCCGGUGAUCUAUCCUUAUACUGGGAUUCAAUCUCCUACUUACCGCCGGAGGUGUGUGCGUAAAGGACGCGCAGGGAAGCGAAAGCGAGCGAGAGAGAGAGGGGGGCGAUUUCGCCAACCUUCCCCGGGGCCCUAAAUCUGUGGAAGCAGGUGUAUUUCAGGUGUAUUUCUGCGAGUCAAGAUGUCUCUGCUGCCUUCGAGGUUCAUAUACCUGUGUUUACAUUUUCUGGUACUCUAUUUCCAGCUACAGGAAUCCCAGCAGAGCUCUGCUGAUUUCAGGUUUUACAUUGAGAACCACACGAGGAACCCGGACGACCUGAGCCGGAAACAGGUCCGGAUCUACCAACUGUACAGCAGAACCACAGGGAAGCAUGUCCAGAUCUUGGGGAAGAAAAUCAACGCCAAUGGAGAUGAUGGGGGCAAGUAUGCUCUACUUGUGGUUGAGACAGAAACCUUUGGGAGCCACAUUCGAAUAAAAGGAAAAGAAAGCGAACAUUACAUUUGCAUGAACGAGAAAGGCAAAAUAGUUGGAAGGCCCGAUGGAAGGAAGCAGGAGUGCGUCUUUGUCGAGGAAUUCCUGGAGAACAACUACACAGCUCUCGUGUCGGCCAAGUACAAAGGAUGGUACCUCGGCUUCAACCGGAAGGGGCGGCCCAAGAAAGGCUCGCGGACCACGCAGAGGCAACAGGAAGUCCACUUCAUGAAGCGCCAGCCAAAGGGCAGGGUGGACCCACUGGAGGAGUUUCGUUUCACCACAGUAACUAAGCGGACACGAAGGGCUCGCCGAUUAAAACCCAACCCCAAGAGGAACUGAUGGGACCAAUGGGACAGCACUAAUUUUCCUCGGAUGGGGAAAAAAAAACCUGUAACUGAAAAUCUCAAGCUUCUUGUCUUAAAAGAAUCACCUUAAAGACUUCACUUCUGUAAAAGAAAGACAGACAAAAAGAACAAAAAAAAGUCAAAGAUGUUUUAUUUUUGUAUUUCAGGAUGACUGAAUAUUUCCUAACUCUUGGAUUCUUCUGGGUUGAUGUCAUUGUGCUAACGUGUCUGUCAUGUUAUUUAUACUGGAUAAACUAAAGGACUUCUGAGAGAAUUCCUGUCGCCGAUCAUCCUCAGCUACGUCUGAACUGCAAGCUGAAGGCACACUUUCUUUUUGACAAUGGGGGCUGAAGCAGGAGCUGACGCAAUGUUAUAAAGAUCAGCCAACUAGAGAUUUAUUGGAAUACCUGUCGGUUUUUGUUUGUGUUGCCCCUGACAACGCGGAUCCCAUACUUUCCACUGGAAUCAGACACCAUGGAGAUGAAACGGAGAGAGGUGGCAGUUGCAGGUGACACUGUGCUGCCGGGAUAACUGUGUAGCUUUGAGUGCAAUAUUUUACAGGUCUCUCUCUUUCUCUUCCUCUUCUCUUUUUUUCCAUAUGUCUCUCAACCUCAGCUUCACUCGUGGCUCCUGGAAUGCGCUGAACCUUCCGAGUACUGUGUGUGAUUUCCUUGACAUUUCCAUGCAGCUUGUGAUUCAGCUAAAACACGACAUGCUUUGACUAGUCAGGCACCAGCCGUGGCUUUAGUCUUGUUUAAACACUAAAAAAACAAAAAAAAAACUAUACAAACAAAAAAACAAAACAAAAAAAACAGCUGAUGUGAUUCAUAAUUCCAUAAAGUCUUCCAGAUUCAUCACAUUGAGGAGAUGGAUGUUAUUCCCAUUUGUCUCCCUUUGGACUUGCUUUCUAACAGCUCUUCAUUGCAUGUGUUAAAGCUGUUACAGAAAAGGAUGCUUUGAUUCUUUGAGUGUGAGCUAGCUAAUAUUUUGGGGUUGGUGAUGAAGACUUCCUCUACCUCCUUGUUCUUUGUGUUUAUCUUUACCUGAUCUGACUGUCUGUGUUCAGUUAAUCUCAAGAAGCUUUCAGUCAACGCUGAGCUUGAACUGGGCUCUUCUCUCUCUCUCUCUCUUUUUUUUUUUUUUCCAAAAUCAUCUUUUUACUGUGAGCUCAUCCUUGCUCCUUUCACUCUCAUUGGAUGAAAGUUUCAUAGAUGCUUUUGGGAAAAUGUAGCCCCUGCGCUUUGUGUUUGUCAGAUCAGUGAUCCACACACAGGAAUACUGCAGCUCAUCCAACCCUGAUCACUUCAUAAAUCCACGUGACAAUUAAGACUUCUCCUCAAAAACCCAGAUGACCAACUUGUCCAGGAUUCAGGGAACAUUUUUUUAGCAACAUGUGGUAGAGUUUGUGUCUGAAUCCUAAAGGGAAAAGUCUGUGCUUCUAUCAUUCCUUCUCUCACUGACAACAACUCCGGCCUCUUUUCACCAGUAGUAUGUAUUCACCUGUCUGCCGGCAGGGGUUUUUUUGUAUGAGUUGCUACUAACAACAUGACACAUUUAUGAUUUUUUUUAAAAACAAAUGUAAGCAAAAAUAAUUUUAUGACUAUUAUUAAGAUAUUUAUUGCCUCCCUUUGUAAAUAAAAUGUGAUGAGUUUUAUUUGGCCUCUGUUAAUAAAAUGAGGACUAUAUUUUAAA